ACAAUUCAACAUCACACAAUAUGCAAUGAUAACCGAGGACGGUUUCUAUGUUCUGCAUGCCAAUAAACUUUGCAUCCGUAUUGGACUGUCGAGUUAUAUCUGUACUAUCGUUUUUUUUAUCUGUUGUUCCUUCAGAGUGGCGGGCUUUUCAGAAAGAUUUUGUGUCCUGUAUAAUUUUUGGUGCAGUUUCGAGCUGAUAGCUGCAGACAUUUCAGUUAUGAACUUAAGUCGUAUAAAUUUAGAAAGUCCAGUAAAUAUAUUCACGAUAGCAAUAUUGGUCAAAGAUGUCCCCGAGAAAGCUGCAGUAUUUCGCAAACAUCAAAUAAACAAGUUUUAUACUCUCUAAUUCGCUUUUUAAUGUGAUUGUACUCAGUACACGUUGCCCAUUGGUUACUAUCGUUUGAUGAUGAAAAAUUGAUUCAUAUAAGGUUUUCAAAUCUUAACACGCCCCUCAAACAUUUUUGAUUUUUAAUUGAUGCUCAUUCUGUACUAUGAUAAAAUAAUUUCGCGUGUGCUUAAGACUUCAAAUAUAAUUGCUUAUCGUUUGCAGUAAUUUCAUUGCUUGCCGUAAUUAUAGUGUAUUGGCGAUAUGGGUUCAUAUGUCGAAAUACCUGUAGGUUCAAGCUAGUCAACAUGGUAUGAAAAUGUUCAUUUAUUGGUUAAUGUGGCAAAAACUUGUAGCUUAUUCCGUUGUAGUUGCAUAUUAUCAAGUUCGUAAGUUCCUUACAACUUAACUGUUCCACAUUUUUUAACACGCAUUUCGAACUUGGAUAAAUUAAUUUUAUAUGUAGGUCUAACCGUGAUAGAACUUUAUCCAAAAGAAUGACAGCUGAGGUAAGGACUGCCUGACAGAUAUUUGGGCCCAAUACAAUUAGGAGAAGAUUGGUCAUAAUUAACGUUUAAUUGGGUUUGCCUAAAUCACGUGAAUCAAAAAGACUGUUUGCUUCUUGAACAGGGAUAUUAACAGCUCCCUCCCCCAUCCUGACCCAGGUGUGGUAGUCAGAAUUUGCUCUGAAUGAGAGGAAGAUGCAGUUGAAGAAGAAACAUAUUAUUACUGGAUGGACAUAAUGGAGUGGACACCAUUAAUGCACGCUGCUAGAAAUGGUGAAGUGGAAACAGUUCAGAAACUCUUGAAAUCUAAGGAAAAAAUUCAUUUAAAAAAUAUGAUGGUGUGUAUGGGUACACAGUAUGGAAUCAGAAGGGUGCUGCUUUCUCCUCCAUUGGCAAGUGUACUGCUGAGAGAUGCUGUUGACUGGAAAUCAUUGUAUUUUCUCAUGUAUGCAAUCCCUGGCAGAGUGCUUGAACAAUUCUAGCUGGAUUGUCUGUCUGUUGACACAUACGAAAGCACUCUGGUGGACAUUCUGGAGGACACUGGACUACUUCAUACGGACACCUGUAGGGACCAACGUUCGAAUUCUAUGUUCAGCAGAACCAGAGCUAAUUUACUUACGUUAUCUGCUGCAAGUGGCAAUAAGUCAGUUUUUAAAAUGAUACUUGGAGAAAUGAAGAACAUGUCAGCUGAAAAUACGGUGGAUCUAUCUUGUGGUUUGCGGGUUGCUGCACUGUUUGGCCACACAGAUAUUGUCCAGUUCAUACUGAAUGCUAAAUGCGACCCCAAUGCAAAAGAUCCUGUGUCUGGAGCCACAGCACUGAUGCUAGCAACAUCAUGUGGACACUAUUCUGUUGUGAGACUGAUUCUGGCAUAUGGUGCACUCGUUGACAGUACAAAUGUGUUCUGCCAGUCAGCUAUUGAUAUAGCUGAAUCAAAGCAGUAUAAUGAUCUUGUAGAACUCUUGAAAACGAAAAUAGAACAUGAUAGCAAAAAGUUUCGUCCCAACUUCUUGAUGCCUUUAGAAAUGCCAAAAAUGGAUUAUAGAGUCAAAGAAUUAGAUACAGUUUCAGGUGCCACAGAUAUCCUUUCAAAGACAGCUGCUUCUCCUACAGCUAACAAGUUCAAUUUUGCAACAGAGGAAUUGUUGUCUCCUCAGACUACAUAUAUGACAGAAGUACCAGACACCGGUUAUUUGUCACCUAUGACUUCGCUGCAAAUGUGUGGCUGUGAAACUUAUAGUCCUGGUGACUCCAUCUUUCUUUCUGAAAAUCAAGCCUGCAAGAAAACAGAUGACAAAACGAAACAAAUUGUUUCUCAGCCUGGUAAGGCAGUGGAAAUGGAGCGUUCGUCAAAUGAUGUGCGUUAUUACCUCAGUCCACACAAUUAUCAUUUCCCAAAAAAGUUUGAGGUUCCAAAAAAGCAAGAAUUUUCAAGAAACAUUGAGAAAAGCAUUCAGGAAGAAAAGUUCCAAGAUAAUUUUGAACUUUCUUAUAACAAAAUGUUUCAAUAUGACACGUGCAGUCAGCCCAGUUCCCCAUAUUCUCCUUCACCAAAUUCUCUUUCACCAACAUCAAGAAAUGUAUUCUCACGUAGUGACCCUUCUGUAAUUCAUGAACUGAAUGGUGGAACUGAGAGACAGAAACGUAAAAAGAAAGCCUUUUGGCAUGUUAUAAGGAGAAGGGUGCGCAGUCUUGCACAUGAUAAAAAUGGGUAUCAUUUUUACCAUCCUUACUGUGAUUCUGCUGUUUCUAAAAAAAACACAAUAUCAUCUCCUCGCAUUUGGAUGGACGAUAACCUGAAAUUCAAGUCUACCGAGGCAAAUCCAGAGGGAGAAAAGGAGGAGUCUACUUGUAAAAUGGUAGUAUCUCCACUUUCUUCCAAUGUGGAAUCUGAAAAAAGCUAUAAAAAUACACCCAUAUCUGUUCAGAAAGAAAGGCCGGUUAAAAGCGAGUUUAAGGAGUUCCUUUGUGCAAAUGGGCUUCAUCAUUUUAUUGACAUACUUUUUGAACAUGAGCUUGAUUUGGAGACAUUCUUUGAACUACGUGACAUGGACCUUAGAGAAAUUGGAAUAACCAGCACAGAGGACCGCAGGAAGAUUCUGAACAUUAUUGCUUCCCAAAGCCGUUACUGUACUUGACUUCUGUGAAUAGAUUUGUGUAAAAUAUUUAUUGCAUAACUCUGGACAAGGCAUAGUCCUUUGUGUGUGUGUGUGUGUGUGUGUGUGUGUGUGUUUGUUUUACUUGUUAUGUUGUAUAUGUGAUUUAAUUUGUAGAUGGCGAUUGACUAUAAUGUAAUUAAAAAAUGGACAGUAGCAAAAACAUAUAAUUUAAAACUACUAAUUAAAAACUCAGUAAAUUGUGGAUAAAUUUUUCCCACUUUGUUGCAUCCAGUAUUUUUGUAAUGUGAACCCUAACAGAAAUAGGAACUGAUUGUCCAUUUAUGGUGUCUACUAGCACCAUUAUCAGUGGUUUUAUUGAAGUAUUUUGAAGAAAUUUGCUGAAAAUACCUAAAAGUAAUUUUAAAACAUGAGGAUGCUAGAAAAUGGAGUGCCAAAUGAAGAAAUUGGAACAGUUCAUACAUAUUCUUCUGUUUGAGUUCUCGCGUCCGUCGG